GACUUGAUGACGAUAUGAAAACAGGGUUUCAAUUCUGGAUUUGGGCGAGGAACAACACAAGGGUUCUGCAUCCCCCGGAUACUACAAAGCCAUGUUUUGUUCGUGCUGUGCAUGCAUGCCUGGCGUUUGCGAAGAAGAAUGGGGCCUGGGCACUGGAUUGGAUGGGGCAUGGAUGCGAUGGGAGUCUCGAUCAUAUCCUCUCACUCUCGGAACCGGCUCGAGAGAGAUAGAGAGUAAUCGGAAAAUGCUUUGGCUUUUCUGCUUCCCCUCUUACCUUGUUUCGUGCUUGUCAAGCGGUCGAGCUGGUGGCAACGCUGAGAUCAUUAUGUUCGUUGUAGGUAUAUGGAGCAUGCAUUUCAUCUUCCGGCAGGAAUCAUCAUACAUGCAUACCACCGUUUCAUAACCCCCUCCCCCCCCAUGGCCCCCUGUGGUAUGAUUUCUUCAUGUAUCUUACGAGCGUUCCUGUUGCCUCUGGGCUCUUGUCGCCCCUG